AUGACAACACCUAAUAUAACCCAACAGCCUCCUCCAAUCUUCGAUGGCUCGAAUUAUGGUGUAUGGGUUGUGAGAAUGAAGGCGUAUUUGGAAGGCUAUAAUUUGUGGAAUGCUGUAGAACAGGAUGUUGAGCCGCAAAUACCGAGAGAAAAUGCUCCAGCUGCACAAGGCAAGCAAUAUGAAGAAGAGAUUGCAAAGAAGUGCAAGGCACUCUCAUUUAUUCAAUCUGCUGUACCAAAAGACAUUUUCAGCAGAAUUAUGGAGUGUGAGACAACAAAAGCUGUCUGGACCAAAUUACAUGAAGAAUUUGUCGAGACAUCCAGGACAAGACAUAUGCAGGCACAAAACUUGAGAAGGCACUUUGAUUUGAUGCGAAUGAAGGAGAAUCAACUAGUGAAAGAGUACAUAGAUCAGUUACUCAAGCUUGUUAACCAGAUAAAAAUGUUUGGUGAAGAGCUUAAAGAGGCUCGAGUAGCUAAAAAAAUUCUCAACAGUGCACCAAGGAAGUUUGAAGCUACAAUAGUCUCCCUGUUACAAUCAAAAGAUUUGCCUGACAUCUCAAUUACUGAAAUUGUUAAUGCUCUGCAAGCAGCUGAAUUGAGAAUAUCAACUAGAGAUGAGACUUUUGUGGAGAAAGCCUUGCUUGCUAAAAACUGA